AUGUCAUCGUCCUCGAAACCUCGACAGGGAGGCCAGGCGGGACAGGCAGGAAUGCAGAAGCCCAAGACGUAUCCUUUCUGGCUCGGCGGUGCGGCGGCGAGCUGGGCGGCUGUGUGCACUCAUCCUCUCGACCUCGCCAAGGUCCGGAUGCAGACGACCAAGGGCAAGGGGUUCGUUGGAACGCUGGUAGACAGUGUCAAGGCUGAUGGCCUGCGAAGAGGCGCCUACGCUGGUCUCUCGGCCUCGAUCCUGCGACAAAUGACCUACUCGCUCACCCGUUUCGGCGUCUACGACGAGUUGAAGAAGCGCUUGACGAAGCGGCAUCCGGUCGGACAGCCUCUACCUGCGUGGGAGAUGGCUGCAGCGGCGAGUGUAGCGGGAGGACUGGGCGGACUGGCAGGGAACCCGGCGGACGUGAUCCUGGUGCGGAUGACGGCGGAUGCGGCCAAGCCUGCUGCGGAGCGGUUAGGAUACAAGCACUGCUUCGACGGCGUCUUCCGCAUCAUCCGCGAAGAAGGCGCUUCGGCUUUGUUCCGCGGCGUUGGACCUAAUUGUGCGCGAGCGAUCUUGAUGAGCGCUUCGCAACUCGCAACCUACGACUUCUAUAAGGACAUGAUCGUCAGCACGGGACUCAUCAAGGACGGCCUGCCUCUUUACUUUGCUUCCUCGUUCUUGGCGGGCACGACCGCCACAACUAUCUGCGCGCCGUUCGAUGUCAUCAAGACGAGGAUCAUGAACGCCAGCGGCUCAUCCUCGAUCGGCAGCGUAAUCUCGCACUCGUUCAAGACCGAGGGCAUGAGCUGGAUGUUCAAGGGCUGGACGCCGGCUUGGAUACGUCUCUCGCCCAACACCAUCAUCAUCUUCCUCACCCUCGAGAACCUCAAGAAAGGUGUCGACUACCUCCGCGGCACUCCCUAG